CCCACCCACCUCGCGCAUCGAUCCUAUCACUUUCGAACAUUUGCACUAGGCAUAUAUGAUUUGUAUCUACACAUGGAUUUUAUGUGGAUUUCGUUCAAGAAGAAGAAAUGAUUUUAAUAUUUAGAUUUUUAUGAUUUUUUGUAGAUCUAUUAACAUAAGGGUAGAAACUUUCAGUUAUUUAUCUGCUUUCAGGAUAUCAGGUGAAUGUGCUCAUGUACUAGCAGUUGUGCUAAAGCUGACAGACUGGGUGCUUGAGGGACUGCAGGAUGUACCGAGCCAGCCGGCUUGUACUGAAGUUGCACAGCAGUGGGACAAACCACGAGGGGCGAAGAUAGCAGCAGAGGCUGUAUCUGAGAUGGUUGUCUGCAAGUCAUACAACACCGACAGGAAACGUAAACCGCUAACGGCUAUUUUCACAGACAACAGGAAAAUCAGCCUACUAGAUAGUGAUAUACAGUUACUGCAUUCACUAGAUGACUCUCCACUAAGUUAUUUGGCAUGCACACCCUUCCAGACAGUUGUCACAGACCAUGGCCCACAGAAUGUUGGCAGUACACUAGCACACCAGUUACAACUGAUCCAACCAAUGGAAGGACCGGCGGCAAACACAGUGCCCUGUGGAAAUCUGCAGUUCCCCUUUACGCCAACAUUAACAAACAUUGAUAUCACUAAUGAUUACCGUGAACAAUUCAAAUGCGUUUCUAUAACAAACGACGAAGCAAUUGCAAUGGAGAUAAAUACAAGAGAGCAGUCUGAAAGUGAAAGCUGGUUUUCAGAAAGAAAAAAGAGAAUAACUGCUUCAAAUUUUGGAAGACUAAUGCUGAGAAAGUCAGCCGUCACAAAGAAAUUAAUUGACAGUAUUCAAAAUCCUAAGAAAUUUACGUCAGCAUCUACCAGCUAUGGUUCGGCAAACGAAAGAGUUGCAAAGAAAUUAUACCGAAAACAGACAAAAAAUCACGUGCAUGAGUGCGGAUUUAUUGUGAAUCCAAAGUUUCCAUGUGUUGGAGCAACACCGGACGGUAAAAUAUGUGACAAUGGUACAUCGGGUAUUUUGGAAGUGAAAUGUCCAUUUUCCAUCAGAGACAGUAAAAUUCUGGACAUUGUUAAUUCUGAAGUGCCACGUCCAGAUUUCUUUUUAGAAUACAAUGGAAAUUAUAUUAAUAUAAAUAAAAACAUGCAUAUUGGUUUCAAGUUCAAGGACAGUUGCUUGUGACAGGAGCAAAAUUUUGUGACUUUGUCACUUAUACACGCCAGGACUUGCACAUAUUACGGGUUUAUCCUGAUCAGCCAACUAUGGAAAACAUUUUAUCUAAGUUGUGCCAUCUUUUUAGAAAAUUCAUGUGUUGAAUAGAAUGAUCACA